AUGAACCACAUCAAACAAAGACUUGGAUCCGGAUCGGGCCUGGAGUUGCUGCUCCCGCACGGCGAUCUUCUCAGGCCGGUGAAGGCUGACGAGGAAGGCGAAAAAGGCAAACAAGACAGAGGGAAGAGGGGAUUGAAAUGGCGCAAGCUGCAAACUAAGCCCCGACCACCACGAGGGAGGAGAUCUGAGCCCGCCGCCAGGCCCGGCCUUCACUCCGCGCGGAGAGCUCCCAAGAACGACCCGAAUCCAUUGGGGGGUGAAAACGUCCGGGAAGCCGAUGGAUUCCCCGAGGCGGUUGCGCAAUCUUUGCACGGCGAUGUCGAUCGAAGAAAUCAGGGAGGCGGACAUGGAGCUCCGGGGACGUAG